AUGGCAUUACAUUUUCUCCCAACUGCUCACCCCUCCAGUCUUCCAUCAUCCUCUUUGUCAUUAGCAACACAAACAUAUGUUUACCACCCCAUCAGUGGUAGUAUGAAAAGGCAAUCAACACUUUGUAAAGCAGUUAAUCAGCCUGCAAUACAUCCUCCAAUUCUGACCAAAAGAGGCUUAUCCAUCAGUUUUCUCACCACUUUUGUGUUUUCAUUUGCUGGUGAGGGUGCUAAUGCUGCAAUACUUGAAGCAGAUGAUGAUGAGGAGCUUUUGGAAAAAGUAAAGAGGGACAGAAAAAAGAGACUUGAGAGACAAACUGUGAUCAAAUCAUCCACCAAAGAAACAGGUUAUCUUCAGGACCUGGUAUAUAAACUGAGUGAAGUUGGUAAAGCAAUUGAAAACAAUGAUCUACCUACAGCCGCUUCUGUCUUUGGGAAUGGCACUGAUGCUGAUUGGGUCCAGAAAGCAAAUAUAGCUUUGAAUAAGCUGAGUGCCAGUCCUGAAGAAAAGACUGAGGUGGACACAUUCAAUUCCUCCAUAGCUUCAUUGAUUUCAUCAGUUGCUAAGAAUGACGUUGAGUCCUCCAAACUUGCCUUUGUGUCUUCGGCCAGUGCAUUUGAGAAGUGGACCUCUUUGACGGGGCUCAUUGUUCAGCUUAAAGGGCUUUGA